AAGAUGGGCUUAAAUGUUUUUGGAAAAACUUUUUUUGAUUUCUUAAUCACGAAAGAAGUGUGAAUGGAAUUACAUCAGACACCUGUCCAUUUUUUGUCAUUCUGUUGUUUGGCUAAAUGCAUAUUUUAGGCCUUUAUGCUCUAUUGUUUGUGUUGAACAGCUUAAAAAGACUCAACUCCUUCAGGCUACACUGAUUCUGGCCUGGCAGUACAGAAAGCAAAAACAAAGUGAUUCUUGACUAAUGAUAUGGUUUAAAUAUUAUAAUCACAAAUUUGAAAAUCAAAGUUGUCUAAAAGUAAGAAAUGUAUGAUUCUCAUAAUUUAAUAGGAUUGUUAUGUUGUCAGAAUAAUUAUAUCUGGCUGAUUUUUAUCAUCAGGCUCUUUAUGUUACUACUGAUUUUACUUCUGGCUUCCAUUAGGAUACAUGUAGUUGCACAGUUAUGUUUCAAACACAUCUACUUAAAUGUUAAUGAUAGCCAACUUGAAGUUCAAUCCUGAGAAUGAAAUGAAAUAAGGUUUUAAGAACACAAGAGGAGUGCUUCUCUCACUUCCUGUGAGUUCUUAAGAAUUCUCAAGUGCUCUUCAUAUAACUUGAGCUAUAAUGCAAGAAGGCCAAGUUGAAUGUAUUCUUUAAAAUGCUCAUGUUUAAGAAACUGCACACACUCAAGCUUGUGACCUGGGCCACGUGUAUUAUUACUCAGUAAAGCAUUCAUGUGACAUAGGUUCUGUGCUUUAUGGAGCUACAGUACAAGGAGCCCAAACUGACCAGUCAUAGUGUGUAAUUCCUCAAACAUGUUAUAACUUGGUUGCAAUGUGUGAACCGUCGGUACUUAUUGUAUUCUCUCGUUCAGGUCAUUCAGAAGUGCCCAUGCUGUCGGAGCACUAUCCAGGCGCAGAGCCUCCUCAUGCUCCUGUAGCCUUCUAUCCAGCUUAUGACAAGAUGCCCAUAUAUGUGCCUCGAGGAGCCCAUCCACCUGGGCCCCCUCCCCUCCUGGCCUCCAAACGAGAGGGUCCAGAGGCCCACAUGUUACCAGCAUUCUACCCAACACCUUACCCUCCACCAGUAUUAGAUCCACAUGAUGUACGUUUCAGCACCUGGAGGCAACAGCGAGCAGCAGAACAUUUACGGCAGCAGCAUGAGCGACAUUCAAUUUUGCCAGACGGUACAAUAAUUGUGGAGCCAUCAUAUGACAUUCAUGUCGGCCAUGUUGGGGAACCGGCUCGACAUUUACCACCAGGAAGUGUUGAGCCAUUUGUCAGGAAGAACUCUCCACACCUAAGACCUGGAGAUACUCCUGAGGCAAGGGAAAGCAGGAAACAGGAAGGAAGUGAAUCUGCAAAGAAAGAAAAACAAAGUGAUGGUGCCCAAGGGGAACCAGAAAGGAGUUCUGGAGAGGGACCUCUUCCACGGGGGUUCUACCAGGAACAUAAACCAGGAUCCUGUCCUGUUCAUGGACAUGGCACACCUGGAGGGGCACCAACAUCAAGCUCAUCUGAGCCACCUAGAAGUCAUGGUCUUCAUGUCCGAGGUGACCCAGCACUGGUGUCUAAGAUGGGGCGACCUGGAGAAUACAAAAGAAUGUUCCUCCCAGCUCAUGAAGUACCCGUGCUUCAUCCUUACUUAGUCCACCCCCAUAGAGAUCCUCCCUACCCUAUUCACCCCCUGGAUGAGAGGCAUGCAGAGUUUGUUAGAGAACGAGAAAGACAGGAGUUCUUAUUACAUGAGCGGCUGAUGUUUGAGCAAAAAGAGGGUGUCCAUGCACCAGGAGAAGACUGGCCAAGACAUCACAUGGCACAGGAAAAACCUGGAGGAAUUGGUGUGGUGCAUUAUCCUCAGCCACUUCAUCAACAACGCUUGGAUACCAGCAAAAGUCCUCUCUCUGUUGAUCAUCACAAAGGUGAUCCCUCGUUGGCUCGGAUGGUAGCCAAUAGAGAGGCUGAUCACCUAUACAGGAGCUUCCCCUUUCAUCCUUUCCACCCCCCUCCUGCAGAUGGAAAAGGAUUCGGUGAUCGUUAUGGCAAUGAACUUGAUCUUCGACAUCUUCAGCCUGAAAGUGUAAGAAGAUUAGCGGGUGGGCCAUCAGAGCGAUUGGGAGUGCGUGAAAUGCCCUUUUUAGAUUCUCAGUCAUUUAACCGUGAAAACUUCCAUGGGAAUGUUCAAAGAGUAGAGAGAAGUACCAAUGGUGAGAGGGAGUGGCAGAGAAGAGACAGGGUAACACUUGUCAAUGGAGAUUACCAACCUGAUGUGCAGAGACCAAAGUCAUCCGAUAGAUCAUCCCCGAGCCUGGCCAAAAGAAUUAAAGUUGAAAGAAUCAUGGACGAACCACCUGUUAAGCCUGCAGUUAAGAUAAGACACAAUCCUCAUAAACUGAAGUUUCUUGAGGGGCUAGGGCUUGUAACUGUGGAUAAGAAAAAAGAAAUCCACCAAGGAGGCGCAACAUUGAAAAGAAAAUAUGAAGGUGACCAUGACAAUGAAAAUGGUGUAGAUUCUCCAAUUAACUUGAUGAAUGACAGUGAUGUCAAUGGUGGCCAAGAUGAGAAUGAUGAAAAUGUGCCACCACCUCUUCCUAGUGCUGAGAAAUUAGACUUCAUGGCAAAGCUUGGCUUAUUACCUCCUAGUAAAAGACAAGAGCUAGAGCAGUCAUAUGAAAUUAAAAGAACUGAGAGAAAGAACAGGAAAAGCAGAGGUCGUCCUCCCAAGAGAGCACGUAGAGAUAAAGAGAAUGACAGGGAUUCUGAUAACAGCCAAGGCUCUGUUGAUCCUGACACGAUAACAGGACCAAUAACUCGGCAAAAGCAACAACUAUUACAGGAGCAGGAAAGAAAAGAAAACAAAAACAAAGAUGUGGACAAAGAACAGCCCAUUAAUAUAAAAACAGAGGAUGGAGAAAAAAGGAUUGCUCAAUAUCCAUUUGAUAGAACCUUUCGCCGAGGCAGUGAGGAAAGAUAUCGACAAAGCCCCACCAUGAGCGGUAACACUAAUCAUCUGCCACCACGUCUAACACUUCAGUCCCUAACUAACAUGGAAGAUCCCUUUAGUAACAUCAGUGCAUCGCAAUUUCGACCACCUUAUCUACGGCAUACAGGGCUCUUGUCAAUUUCGCAUGAGCACGGCAAUGUUGCCUCUCAUACGAGACCUGAACAUCGGGCUGUGACCCAACCAAUUAGACCUGAGCCUCUGAGAAGUAUGGGGAUAUCUUUUAGUGAACAAGAGACCAGGGACUACCUCAGUCAGCACCCAUCAGGCAGCAUACAGGGACGACAAUUUGGACCAUUACCUUUGUCAGAACAACAACAAGGAACUAGAAAUAAACAAGGAGAGCCUCCAGCAAAGGUGAAUUUAUUAAUUUUUUUACCUUCUUUGUGAGAUUUUAGGUCUCAUUCAUUAAAAAGAUUGACCAGACGGUUUUAAACAUUAUUAGGAGAGUACAUUUGGAAAAAACUUAAACACAGCCUACUUUUGUGAGCCACUCAAAAUUUAGUUAGCCACUGGAUGUUUUGACUUCGUAAAUAAUUAAUAGCCGUCAUAUUUAUUACUGGAUUUUUAUGCAGCAUCAUAGUAGAAAGUUAAGGUUCAUUGGCCAAAUGGUUAACGUGCCCAAGCCCUGGCAAGAUAUAAUCUUAGGGAACUUAUGUUCUUGGGCAAGACACGUUUCUCCUAUCUGUACCGCCUCAGUGUAAAUUGAUACCAAGAAAUAAUGUUUGAGAAACCAGACAAAAUGUGUGUCUGGUAACCUGCCAUGUGUUGUUCCAGAAAAUAUCCAUACCCCCUCCACAGAAGGUU